AUGGCCAAAUAUGCCAACGGCAUCCCGUGUGCCAUGGAAAUUUUACCGGCCUCAAAUUGUGUCAGCCCAGUUUCAUGCUCCCCUGAAAUUCAGUAUGAAGCAAAGGGUGCCACCCUCACGUCCCCGUGUGGCACCAAGGGUGCCAACAUCCACCCAUGUGAUAUGGACAUUUUACCAUCCCCAAACUUUGGCAGCCCAACGCCCUGCGCCACUAAGGGUGCUGGCAACAAGCCAACUUCCUGCCCCCCGAUGUCUUAUCAGUGCAAGCAACCUUGCCUCCCUCCCCCCUGCCUGAAGGGCGCCACCGUCUGUGUGGGUCCCGGCACCACCGUCUGCGUCUCCCCAACGCAGGGCCAGAGCGUUGAAGUCUGCGCCUCUCCCACCGACGCCAUCUGCGUGACCCAAGGCCAAGGUCCGGGCCAGUGCGCCAAAAUUUGCCACGAUAGUUGCGGAUCCGUGGUCGUCACUCCGGUGCAGACCCAGGGCUUCGCCCCCUGCGCCACCACCAUCUCGGUGAGCCAGAACCAGGGGCAAAAUAGUGCCGUGUGCAUCCCCCAACCUCAGGGCUGCCAGUGCGCAGCCUGCUGUGGAUCUGUGGCCCCCAUCCAGACCCAAGGCGGCUGUGCCCCCAUCCAGACCCAAGGCGGCUGUGCCCCCAUCCAGACCCAAGGCGGCUGUGCCCCCAUCCAGACCCAAGGCGGCUGUGCCCCCAUCCAGACCCAAGGCGGCUGUGCCCCCAUCCAGACCCAAGGCGGCUGUGCCCCCAUCCAGACCCAAGGCGGCUGUGCCCCCAUCUGCGCUUCCCCUGUCUGCGUCUCCCCCGCCGCGGUGGUCUGCCAGGACCCCUGUGGCAAUGUCUGCGUCGCCUCCAAGGGGGCCACCAAGUGUGCCACGAAAUGCGCCGCACCCGGAACCGUGGUUUGCGUGGAUCCCUGCGAGGGCGUGAAGUGUGUGAAAAAUUGCGACGAGACGGUCUGCGUGAAGAAGUGCCAGCCGGUGAGCGUGAACCAGUGCAACGUGAAGAAAUGCUGA